UAUCACCCUCUCUCUCUGUCUCUGUCCUUCCCUCUCUGUCUCUUUGCUGGAGAUUCCGAUCGCUAUGUGUCCCUCCGAGAGGUAUCCGCUUUCGGCGGCCGCCGGAAAACCAGAUCUGAGGGACGCGUUCGUGGUGCUGGACGCGGACGGGGACGGGCGGAUCGGGCCCGAGGAUCUCAGGGCGGCGGGGUUUGUGGACGAGGAGGAGAUAGGGACGAUGAUAUCGGUGGCGGACGCGAACAAGAACGGGUUCGUGGAGCUGGAGGAGUUCGAGAAGGUGCUGGGGCCGGCCAGGGCCGGCAAGGCGGCGGGGCGGCGGGUGAUGGAUGAGGCUUUCCGGGUGAUGGAUCGGGACGGGGACGGGGUGGUGGGGUUCUCGGACCUCAGGGAGUACAUGAGCUGGGCUGGGGUGCCGGCGAGCGACAAGGAGAUCAGGGCGAUGCUGCGAAUGGGCGGCGGGGACGGGACGAAGGGCGUCUCCUGCGACGACCUCGUGAGGAUCCUCACCGUGGGUCUGGACAGGGGACCUUUCGGGUUGGGAGGCGCGUUUUAAAUCUUUUGAUUGUUCAGCUCUCUCGCUCUCUCUCCCAAAGAGAAUAACCCCGUAUUAUCGUUUCUCACCAGUGAAAUCUCUCUCUCUCUGUCUCUCUCUCUCUCUCUCUCUGUAGAAAGCAGACAGCUGAACUCAUGUUACCAUUUUUCAUUAUGGUGCAAUCUUUCCCUCUCGUCGUCUGAGGGAUAAAAAGAAGAUACCAAUUUGCCAACGUUAUUCAGUA